AGUAACGUCAUUUAGUUGCAUGAAAAAAAUACAUUACAUACAACCAACGUACUCCUAACUUGAAUAACACUAUUCGGCUGAAUGUUUUUUACAGUUAUAUAAAUCGCUUUUUUUCAAAUGUACACUAUAACCGUGUUAACGCCAAUAGCUUCUAAAGAAAUGCCGUCGUAAUACAACGAAAAGUACAGCUAUAAGGGCUACUUGUAUUUUGAAAUUUGUUUUUAUUUCAAAAAUGCGUUCUAUCGCUAUAACAGUAUGGUUCUUCUUAAACGUGCUGUUGUUGGGCACGGUUGGUUACAUGGUAUUAAUUUGGAUUCAGCAUUGGCGCCGGGUUGCCAUUAAAAAUCGUCAAAUGAAUGAAAUAACUUACACGAGACAGCCAAACGUCGAAUAUUAUGACCAAGGCGACGUGACGACUGAGGAUCCUAUGUACAAGAGCAAAAUAUUUCUUUCCAAUAAUAUCGAAGAUGACAUACUAGAAAAAGCCAAGCAAAUUAGACUAUUCAACUUUAAGAACAAAAUUACUUCACGCCUCAGGCAGGUGGUAAUGAAAGAAAGCAGUGGAUAUCUUAAAGACGCGAAUCCUUACAAUGUUCCUAAUAAACCACAGGCGACAAAUGGUGUACAGAAGAAUUGGGUUUGCGAUAUGGCCACUGGAUUUGAUACUUUUAGAACGUUAGACAGACAGGAUGAUCUUGAUCAUCCAAUAAUGGACUAUCUCCCGGAUGAGCCAUUGUUUGACGAUGACCAAUCGUUUAACACUUGUGCAAUUGUGUCGAACGCAGCUACACUAAGGAAUUCAAACUUGGGAUAUUUCAUAGAUUCACAUGAUUUGGUGCUUCGCUUCAACAACGCUCCGACCGUAGGCUAUGAAAGGGAUGUCGGUUCCAAAACAACGGUUCGGAUUUUGAAUUCUCAAGUCGUGACCAAGCCACAGUUUGAAUUCGUAACGUCUCCGUUGUACAAACGUCUCAAACUCUUGAUGUGGGAUCCAUCGAAUUACUCGUCGACGGUCAACGAGUGGAUCCAAAGCCCAGAGCACAAAUUUGUGAACAACUACGUGGCGUUUAGGAAAUUGAACCCGGAAUCGAAUUUCCACAUUAUACAUCCGCAGUACUUAUGGUACCUCUGGGAAUUUUUGCAAUCCCAUACUGCAGCUCGCAUAAGCAAGAACCCUCCGACUUCGGGCUUUUUGGGGUUGGCCAUGUUGUUACCCCAAUGUGCCGUUGUUAAUAUGUUCGAAUUCAUACCAUCGGAGAGACUUACACACAGAUGUCACUAUUAUCACGAAAAGGUAGAUCCGACAUGCACUUUUGGAAUUUGGCAUCCAUUAGCUGCCGAAAAGCUGCUGAUGUUAGCUGCCAACACUAUGCCCGACCAAACUGUUUUCAACACUGGUUAUGUGUCCAUUCCCGGAUACAAAUCACUUCAGUGUAACCCAUAAAAUAACAAUUAACUGCAAUCUGCACACAACGUCUACAACAUGUUUGUGUAACCUCAUAUUUCCUUUUGACGAAUCUUAUUCUAGUUUCACUUAAGGGAGAAAAAGUUUUUAAAUAAUUUUAAUAAAGUUGUCUUUUAAUUUGUUAUUUACAUUUUCUAUAAAAUUAUCAGUAUUCUUCUAAUACAUUGUUAAAAUUACUACCGUUACCAGACCUUAAUGCACAUAAUCUACUUAAACAUCUAUUAAAAUUGUUAAUUGCACCUAACAAAUGGCCUUGCUUGGUAAAAUCAUAUAUAUUAGCUCUAGAAUUUCAAAUAUCUGUUAAAAAUGAAAAGAUAUACAAUACUUAGUGUUAUACUUGGUAAUUAUAAUCGUUUUGUUUUCUACUAAAUACCUAAUAAAAGCAGUUGAAAACCAUUCAACAACGCAUAAGCUUUUUGAGGUCAGAUUAAAUGUAUAAACAAAUAUUUAAACCGUAAACUAUUAAUCUUUUAAAAAAAUUACCUUAUAUAAGAGGCGCGUAGUGUCAAAUCAGCUUACAAUUUAGAACAAUAUAAUAUUUCAAAAUCAAUAAUUGAAAUAAUGGAUUGUGGGUUGAGCUUUUUCUGGUGCUAUGCGCCUCAUAUAUAAGUAAUAAUUUUUAAAAGCGUAGGUAAUUAAAUUAAUAUGUCUUUAUCUUUAAGUGUAAAAUACAA